AUCCGAUUCACACUCCAACUACAAUCGGAUAUACAAACAAUUUGACUCUCAUUCGUCCCUCAAGGAUGUUGACUUAAAAGAGAUGGGCUCCUCUGCUUUCAUAUCACUGCCCUUCGGACUGAGUCAUAGCCAUUUCCCUCUUAAAAAAUGAAUAUUGCGUCGUAUAGGGCUCCCGCUCUCUUGAGCAGGAUCCGACACCGUCUACCCAGUCAAUCGUUAUCCUAUUCGGCCUCUAGUUUUGUCUGCCGGCAGUCCCGACACUCGUUCAACCGGAUCCAACCCUUCGCUUCCGCGACUCCGGAGCCCAAGUCGUCGCAAUCGAGAGAGGCGCCUCCCUCAUCAUCCAGUUCAUCUACUUCGGAAAUCAAAGGAGGGUCAACUAGUAGUUCAACGUGGGAGACGCCAUCUCGUGCAUCAACCUCCUCUAACGAGUCUCUUCCUCCGGGCUGGGAAGAUGAGCCGGACUGGAACAUCACGAAGUUCGAUCAGCUUCCGCACCGGACCUUUGGGUUCAACCAACACAUGAUCAUCAACGAGGAAUUCAAGGAAUCUUUGCGACAGAUCCUCUGGCAGUUCCGGGCCCCUAUACGCUAUGCCUUUGCGUAUGGAUCCGGAGUGUUCCCGCAGUCGAACGGCGACGUCAAACCGGAAUCCCUGUCCCCGCACCCACAUCCCCCCGAGGCCAUCAAGACGUGGCAGCGAGGAGGAGGGAAAAUCAUCGAUUUUAUUUUCGGCGUCUCGUUCACGGAGCAUUGGCACUCGCUCAACCUCCACCAGCAUCGCGACCAUUACUCCGCCCUCGGCUCCCUUGGUUCAGGCCCGGUGACGAAAGUCCAGGAGAAUUGGGGCGCUGGGGUAUAUUUCAAUCCAUACAUCACAGUCAACGGGACCAUGAUCAAGUAUGGGGUCGUCAAUCUCAAAACGUUACAGAGGGAUCUCAGCGACUGGGACACCCUCUACCUCGCCGGCCGACUCCAGAAACCCGUCAAGAUCCUCCGCGACGACCCGAAAGUGCGACUCGCGAACCAAAUCAACCUGAUCAGCGCCGUCCGCACCGCCCUCCUCAUGCUCCCCGAAAAGUUCACCGAGAAAGAACUGUACAACGAAAUCGCCAGCAUCUCCUACACCGGCGACCCGCGCAUCCGGUUCCGCUCCGAGAACCCCAACAAGGUCUCCAACAUCGUCACGCACCAGCUCCCGAACUUCCGCCUUCUCUACAACCCGCUCAUCGAGGACCUGCCGAACGUAUCGCUGAACGAUCCGCGCUGCUAUCAGCAGGGGUGGGAGCAGGACUCCGAGAGCGACUGCAUGUUGGAGCAGGAUAUGGAUCCGGUGAAGCGUGGGAACAUGGUGCGGCGGCUCCCGCGGGCGUUCCGGGAGAAGCUGUAUUUCCUGUACCAGGGGAAGUUCGCGAUCCCGGGGAACCAGUUCAACGAGAUGUUGGAGCAAGCGCAAGAUGAGGACAAGGAAGGGUUCCGGAGGCGGGAAGGCACGGAGUUCGACCGUAGGAUUGCCGGGGAACCGGAUCUGCGGGAGAUGGUUCGGAAGGCGAUUCAGCAGACUGUUGAGUGGCCGAGUACGAGCCAGUCGGUGAAGGGCUUCAUUACGGCGGGAGUUGGGCGAGGAUGGCGGUAUCUUCAAGAGAAACGGCAGAAGAGCAAGCAAGCGUGAUCUGUCCGUGCUGUCAUGUUGGUGAUGACCGUCUUGGAGGCUCUGUCGCUUUCUUUCUUUCGUUUGCAUGGAUGGCGCAAGCAUAUGGACUUAGACCAACCGACCACGUUGGAAAAUUGGAAAGUGGGAAAGCUACAGGUUGAGCACGGAAUCCGCUCCCUCGGCGCAGCAAGAGUCUGUACAAAGAUUAAAUAGAAACAAUGACACUAGAAUAUC